GCCAGUCGAUAAAAGUUCCGAUCACGGAGCGGAUUGGUGUGUGCCGUUGUCGUCGUCCCGCGAUUUAUCAAUCGUCGCCAUCUAGCGAACGAGUCCCAAACUCAACGCCAAGAACCAAACAGCUGAUGGGUGAAAGUGAAAUUAUGUGACGAUUUCUAACCAACGUUGGAAAAGAAAAAGGCUUUUUGGUCGAAAGAACGAGGCCAAAAUCAAUUGAAAGUGAAGUUUAAUGUGAACUAUCACAACAGGAGAAUCACACUCUCCCUGUUGGCUUAUUCAAGAUCCUCUUUUUGUUGGCAACUUAUUUGUUCCCUCUAAAUUGUCAGCAUGGAUCCAAUCGAGGACUUGAUUUUGCAUUCUUUUAGCGACGAAGAUAGUACAGACGAUAUGGAACUUGAACACAGCAAUGACGAACUUUAUGUGACCAAUUCGGAUAUUGGCGGGAUUGAUAUGACGAAAAGCUCAGGAUCGCCCAGUGUCGAACUUCGGUUUUCACCUUCAGACAAUGAUGAACACUACACAGGCAUUUGCCCCAACAUGCCUUGGGAUGACAAACCCAAAGUUGUUGAACGGUGGCUCCAAAUGUACCAGGAAGGAACGUUCACCACCCAGUGUCUGAGGGAAUUCUGGAAGAUGGUAGUCCCACCCAACUUUUGCCCGGUGCCUGGGCACAACUGCAUGGAGUCUCUGUAUGACGAAGCACAAGUGGUGAGAGAGAUGAUACUUCCACUGGAGCAAUUCCUCUGUGCAGCUCCUACUGGAGACCCCAACAAAGUGUGGGAAGAGCUCUCCAAAAAUGACAAUCCUCCUGCUCUGUGUGGUAGAGUCUUCCGAAUGGGAGAACCAACAUACAGCUGUCGGGAUUGUGGAGCUGAUCCAACAUGCGUUCUGUGCGCAGACUGUUUCCGUAACUCGGAGCACAAACAACAUCGCUACAAAUUGAGCACGUCCGUGGGAGGAGGUUAUUGUGAUUGCGGUGAUACGGAAGCUUGGCGCCAAGCCCCACGUUGCUCGCUCCAUAAGUGCGAUGCCACCGCUUCCGCCCUGUUGCUCGAUCCCGCCGCCAGAAAGAAGGCAGCUCUAGAUCGUCUGGAUCGAAUAGCGGCCGUCAACAUGGGCGAUCGCUGCAGGAUUGUCAUCGAGGCGGUGCUCAAAUACGCCCAGGAAUUGUUGGGAUCCAACACUAAUCUCAACUUGCCUGCCGACUUGAAAAUCAAAGAAGGCGAUAGCGGAUCGAUGCCGGUGGAUCGCCGUGAUUUCGGCCCAUGCGGACCGGAGCUGUACACUUCGGUGUACGCCACAGCCGUCUACAAUGACGAAUCGCACACGUUCGAGCAGGUCAUUCAAGCUCUGCAGCGAUCAUUGGAUGUCAGUUCACGUGAGGCGGUCGAUCUGGCCACUUGCAUCGACCGGGAGGGCAGGAGCAUCGUCCGCUGUUCGUCGUUUCAGGCGUGCAAUCAAGCUCGAUCUGCCAUCGAGCGACACACUUCACGAUUGCCUCCACGUGCCCUGAAAGUCUGCGUCCUUCUCGGACCCUUUUUGGCUCAUCAGGGACACGCCCUCCGCCUCCUCAACUGGUUGCGCAAAUUGAUGGGCAUUUGCGAAGGCUUUCGUCUCCUUUUGGCCGAUAUCAUCAUGAAGCCGAUUACGCGGGACUCUGAGGUAUCGCUCCUCGAAUCCGUCCUUCUGUCCGACACUCAGUUGUGGAAAGCCGCUCGAUCGGCUUGGCAUCGGCUCUUUAUCGCCGGAUUACUGAUGGAUCCUGAUGCCAAACGAGACUUUGCCACCAUAUUUACUCGACACUAUGGCCGGUUGAUGUCCGACUUUAUUUCGGACGAUCACGAUCAUUCGCAUAGCGUGACGUCGCUCUCUGUACAGCUGUUCACCGUACCGACGCUCGCCCAGUACUUGAUGGGCCAUCACGGAGCCUUAGCAGCGUUACUGCGAUGCUUUCUCGGCGAGAUCGAUCGCCGGAAGAACUUGGACGGACUCUUGUCCUUUGACCGAAGUCGGAAUCAACAGUCAUUCCGGCGGGCCAUGUACGUCCUCUACGACAUCAAGUACUUAUUGUCUGCUGUUCCUCUUCCGGAAUUGGACGAAGGCUUACAAAUGCAGACGCAGGUGGCCGAUGACACGGAUUCAACAUCCGGACGAUGGAGUGAUCCUUUGCGCAAAGGCUUUCUUCAGGGCCUCAGCAUGCUCCUCUCGUUACUUUCAUCCAUGGAGGGAAUGGACAGUGUCGUCCGCCAAACUGGCCAGCACGUGGAAUUCGAAGCCGAAUGGGAAGCCGCUUUCAACCUUCACUGCAAACUGGCGCCCGUCCUGACCCUUAUUGUUCAGUGGUGCGCAUCAGAUCGCAAAGUCCUUCUCAAGUCCACCAGAGCCGCUCUGAAAAAGUUUCAAGAACUGCAGCCGACCGAGCAGCAGCCCAAGAACGCCGUUACGCUCUUGAACUUUACGCAGCUCUGCUACGAUUACGACGUCUCCACGCAACCGGUCAGCGUUCACCUUCCGCUAUCGCGAAUGAUCUCCGGAUUGUUGCUGGCCCUACCCAAACACGGACUCGAAUGGGAUUGCUCGGAGAUGACGCUGGAAGCGAAACCGACUCUCCUCCAGCUGAUGGAAGCUCCACUCCGACUUCAAGUCCUGAUGGCGCAAGUGCAAGCCGGAAUGUGGCGUCACAACGGCUACUCGCUGAUCAAUCAGCUCUACUUUUAUCAGAACGUGCGCUGCCGGACGGAAAUGUACGACCGUGACAUUGUCCUGUUGCAGCUCAGUGCCGCCCUCUUCGAUUCCCCCGAUUCUUUCCUGUUGGCAUGCCUCCAUCGCUUCAGUCUGCUGAGUUGGGCCCAGGCCGAUUUCGACGCCAACCAACAGCUGCUGGCCAAGCAGACGACUUCUUCCACCAAAAAGAGCAACGCCGAAGAAGACGGACUCCGCCAAACGAUAUUCAUCGCAGAAGAGUUUCUCCGUCUCAUCAUCAUCUUGUCACUGGAGAGAUUCACGCCCGGCAUUGGACAGGUGGAUGAAGAUGAGUGUCUUAGCCACGAAGUGCUUCACCUGUUGUGUGUGGAAUCCCAGGGACAUGCGGCUCUCAACCGGGCCCUGCCGGAAGAUGCUCACCACGAGACGGGACUGGAGCGUGUGGCUGACAAAGUGGCCGUCUUCCGCAAACCGUUGCAGGGGACCGGCCGCGGCGUCUUUUCGCUCAAACCGGAAUUCUACGGCGACUACAACGUGUACCACUACCACUACAGCCGCGAAGAUCAGUCUCGAUCGGAGGACAAUGUCCGCAAGAUCCGCCGUGGCCGUAACGAGGAGAACUGUUGCCCGCCACCCGUACCUAUUCCCCUGGCUCCUGCCCUGCGCAAUCUAGUCGGAUUGAUGAAUUGCCAGAUCACCAUGCACCUCAUCCACCAGGUUCUGUUGAGGACAUACGACCUACGCUCGAGGACCUUCUCCGAGGGCCAGCUGCAGGCCGCUUUGCAUCUGACUGGACUGGCACUUCGAGAAGAAGAAUCUCGCCAGCAGAACAAGUCUCGGCCGCCUUUCGAUUUCAGCGUACAAGCUCAAGAAAACUUCCGGUUGCUCACAGUUCUCGAGUCGUUGCAGACCAACGGCCGGGUGGACGUUCAUCGUCCGUUGCUGAUGUGGACUAUCCGCAAGUUUCGCUCAGUACACUCUGCUGCCCAGUCAAGAGGCUCUACAGAUGGAGCCGGUGGUGCCUCGAUGGAAGCCGAAUCAGCCGAGGGACCUGGACAAGAAUCCCCAGCGGAAGCUGCUGCCCGUCAAAGGAAGGCUGAAAUGGCGGCAGCUCGACGAGCUGCCAUCUUGGCUCAGAUGUCGGCCCAGCAAAAGAGUUUCAUCAAGGAGCAUGCAAAACUGUUCCAAGAAACAGGUUCAUCUAUCUCAGAGAGUGGUGGCGCCCCGACAGCUUCGAAUCUUGGUUCAACUCUAAGCGGAUCUGCCAUGGACUUGUCUGAAUCUCCUUCUAGCGCUCAAAUCUUCCCUGUUUGCCUCGGCCCGGGCUUCACGGUGGCUCCCUCAACGUCCGAAACCAGUUACACGUGUAUCGUUUGCCAGGAAGAACAUCGCCAGACGGGCGAGCAGCCCGCCAUGGUGCUGGCGUCUUUCGUCCAGUUGUCGACCGUUUUAAGGUGGAAGAACGACAAGGCGGCGACGGAAGAGCCGCUGCCCGAAACUUGGCCGAUGCUGAUUGACGCCGGUAGGCGGAUCGGAACUCAUAUAUCAACGUGUGGCCACGUCAUGCACUUUCAGUGCUGGCAGCAACAUUUCGACUCCCUUCUCGGUCGCGAACGUAGAAGAUCUUAUCGACCCCGACAAAGCGCCAGUUACGAUGUGGAACGUCACGAGUUUCUCUGCCCGUUGUGUAAAAGCUUGUCCAACGCGGUCUUACCCAUUUUACCCAAUCGAUCCGCAUCCAGCAUCCGUCCCACUGGAUCUGAAGCUGGCCAAGCUGAUAUGAACAUUUGGUUGGAAGGCUUGCAGCUCCUUGCCGACAACACUCGAGAAGUCAAAUACGCCAAAACGGAUAACACCAACGUCUACGAAACGUGCGGGCCGGCUGAGAUGGAAACAAAAUUGGGGUCCAUGAAAUCCAAGCUGUUUGUCAACGUGCUCACGGCUCGCUCUCGACCCAAGAUCGCUGCAACUCUAAAGGAGAUGGCUUCCCUGUUCGUCCAGUCAGUAUACACGACGGCCGUAGCAGCCAACCCUAAUGCAGAUGAUAUUCGUGUUCCUAUGGCGAUUGCCCAAGCGACAGCUUACACCAUCUUAUCAACGGAAUCUUUACUUGCCUAUCAGAAUCACAGUCCUUCAACUGGGCUGGCCGCCCGUCAGGAGGAGGGACUGCGAGCGCUUCUGCGGCUUGUAAUUUCCAUGGAAUCCAUCGUCACUUCACAAGAAGUGAUGAAGAACUAUGCCCUUCACUUAUUGCGUAUGGUUCUGCUGCCCAGUAGUACAAUUUCCGUCUUAGAGAUUGACGCAUUCGGUCUAUUGCUCGGUCUCUUUUGUACCUUGCCUUCACUUAGUGAGCCAUCUUUUGACAGCGACGUCCGAGGAGUCCCCCAGUUCAACCCAAUUUUAGCUUGGCACAUUUUCCGUCUUUGUCUGUUUUGUCAUGUGACGCAAAUCGCGGCUACAAUGGCGCCCGCAUCCGACGAUAUGGAUAUGGAUCAGCCGUCGUGUAGCAGCAGCACGUUCGCCACCAGUGAAAGUUGGCAGAGUUACCUGCAGUUGCUGGGCCGCCCUGAUGUCACCCUCACGACUGAGAAAUGGGUGACGGAGCAAUGUCUGCCGUUCUUCCGGUCGUCGGCCAUCCUGUUUCACUUCAUCACCAACAUACCUUACCCGAAACUGGACGACGCUUACGACAACUACGCCGAGGCCGUCCUUUGGUUGCGCUAUUUGGGCGUCGAGUCGCUUGGCCAGCUCGUCUCGGAGAGCUGGGCCAGACCGUUGCUGUCCCUGUGGAACAUGUCGCUCGUCCCGCCGACGGCCACCACCAGUGACGUGGCCGUGGUCGAAGCGGCAGCAGCUAAACCCAGGCCACCGUGGACCUUUCCCGUUAUCUCGUCCGGGCUCAUUCAGCUCCCGUCCGACUACAGUGAGCUCAUUAACGCGGCCUCGCUCUUCACGUGUCCCAAUAGCGAGGGUGACGAAGCUCGCACUCCGGCCAUGUGCCUCGUGACUGGCAAAAUGCUCUGCUCUCAAAGCUACUGUUGCCAGACGGAAUUGGAUGGGCAGCAAGUGGGAGCCUGUACGGCUCACGCUCAAUUGUGCGGAUUAGGAGCUUGUCUAUUUUUGCGAGUCCGGGAAUGUAAACUGCUCCUGAUGGCUGGAAAAAGCAAAGGUUGUUUCUUACCUCCGCCUUACGUCGAUGCUUACGGCGAGACGGACCAGGGCCUGCGCCGGGGUGAUCCACUUCACAUUUGUGAUGCAUCGCGUCGUAAGUUGGAGCUCCUCUGGCGCUCCCACGGUCUUUACAACGAAGCGGCAAAGUACAUGGAAAACUCCCAGGCUCUCGUCGUGACCGAAUGGCACCACCUUUAAUCCUCCAAAUAUCUCUACCCCCCACACACACACACCUGUGUUUAACCGCCCUUUUUUUUCUUAUUCCUCUUUCUCGUACUAUUUACAGGCUUACCUUGUUGUGCGUGUCGCAAAAAAAAACAUUAAUUAAUGAAACUUAAUAGUUUCUAUUUUUUUUUUCUCUUUAUUAUUUUCGGAAUUAAACUUAGAUGAUGAAUUACUAAAUGCAAAGGCAAUGCUGGGAGAGGAAGUGGGAGGGGCUGCUGAUUGGGAGAGCCAACCAUUGAAAAACCCCCCUCUCUUUCUUUUCUGUUUGUGAAUCUUUCAAUCUUCUUUUCUCUUUCGUUUGUUUUGACAAUGUUAUAUUGUUUCUUUCUUGUAAAAGUUAAUUCUCGAUUAUAUUUCACCAUUACUUUUUU